AUGCAGUCCUCCGGCCCACCUCCGGCGAAAUCUGACGCGCCUGCAGCGGCGCAGGCCCUGGUAGAGGAGGGCCGGAAAGAACCUGAUGAAUCUACGGCCUUGUUGAAGGGAGACACUCGCAGCACUUGCCUGCCUUCCUUUCUCGUCUGCAACUUCACCGCGAACUUAGAGAGAUACUUCGGCUGGAGGCUCCUCUUCAUGCUUUGGGUGAGCCAGCACCUGAUGAAGGGCUUCACCUUGAGCUUGCUGAACAAGGCGAUGCCCUACUUCUUCCGGCACUACAAAGUGGCUGCCCCUCAGGUGCAGAUCUUUACGGGCGUGGUGACCCUGCCUUGGGCCAUGAAGCCGAUCGUGGGCCUCACCAGCGACGUUUGCCCUAUCUUCGGAUACCACAAGGCUCCCUACAUCAUCUUAGCCUCCCUUUGCUCCUCCUUCGCCUUCGGGGUCUUAUCCUUCUGGACCGCUGCGGGCAUCUCUGUCGGUGUUGUUUGCCUGGUGCUCGUCCAUCUCCAACUCUCGACGGCAGACCUCCUCACGGAGGCCCGCUACGCCGUGCAGAUGCAGAAAGCUCCGGAAGCCGGGCCUGAUCUCAUGACCUACGUGUGGGCAGGGAUCAACAUGGCAUCGCUGGUGGCGACGCUCCUCUCUGGGCCUCUCAUCCACGAGUACGGCUGGCGUGCCGCUUUCUUCUGCACGGCGAUUCCUGCAGUCUUCGUCUUGGUUCCAAUCGCCCUGGGCUGCCUGGAAGAGAUUCCAGCAAGCCGAGAGGAGCUGGCAAGGAUUCGGCAGCAUUACUUCGAGCAUCGGGAGACCUGCUUCCUUUGUCUCAUCAUGCUUUUCAGCACCUUCACGAUCAUGAUAGUUGGCCUCGUCCAGCACGACCCGCGGAUCAACUUCGCGGUGUCCCUCGCCACUGCUUUGUUCAUGCUGCUGUGCUUCUCCCUCUGCCUCACACCCGUAAUCGCCAAAGCGAAUGCUUUCGCCGUGCUCUACACUGGCUUGAGUGCCUCGAUUUCUGGUGCUGCUUUCUACUUCUACACCGACACGCCGGAGAUGUAUCCAGCCGGACCGCAUUUCUCUGAUGUCUUCUUCAACACCAUCCUCGGCACGGUUGGGGUGGUCUUCUCCCUGUUGGGCAUGUUCCUGUAUCAGCGGUACCUCGGGGGUCUCCAGUACAGAAUGCUUAUCCGGAUCACGGCAAUGAUCAUGUUCUGCUUCAGCAUGCUGGACGUCAUGAUGUUCGCGCGUGUGAAUGUCAGGUUUGGCAUCCCAGAUCACUGGCUCGUCCUGGGACUGUCGAUUUGUGAGCAGAUGGUGUAUCAGUGGCAGUGGAUGCCGCAGGUGUUGCUGAAUGCAAACCUUUGUCCCCGUGGCAUGGAGGCGACCAUGUUUGCACUCCUAGCAGGAUGCCACAAUCUGGGCAUGACCGUGAGCUCCAACUUUGGUGCGGCGUUGCUCCACGUGUUGGACGUGAAGCCUCGAGGUGCCGUCGGCGAGGCCACUCAAUUUAAUAACCUCUGGAUUGCGGCGGCGAUCAGCUCCGUCCUUCCGCUGGUGACAGCUCUCUGCCUCAGCCACUUGCUGCCAGACUGCAGGCAGAAUGAGAAGAUCGACGCUGUAGCUGACCCGACGCAGGGUUCCGUCCUGCGGCGCUGGCUGAGCCAGAGAUCCGGUUCCAGGGUGCUUUAG